AUGAAUUUCACCUCCUUGUUGGCGCAAAUAACCAAAGACAAGAAGCUUGAAGAAAGGGCCAAGCAGCCGCCUCGGAAUACAAAAGCUGUUGAUCGACUCUCCAGGCCAAAGCCGAAAAAUAUUGUAAAGCAUUCAAAACGAGAGUCUCCAAACCACUUGCUACAUGGACAACGCGGCCAUUUUAUAAGCGACAAUAAGGACGAUAUUGCAGCUGUUAGGAGACUGAAAGAAGCGAGAAGGAAAGAACGUGAGAGACUACAGACGCUUAAGGAUGCCAGAAAGGGCACAAAAAUAUCAAGACGGGGAAGAAAGCCAAGCAUAAGGGGGAGUGCUGGCGUCGGCCAUUCAUAUUCAGGAUCACAAGGCCGAAUAUUAUUCAGGUCGGACCCCGGUGCAACAAAUUUUGGCUUUGUGAGGUCUGCACCAAUAAAAGUUAGUGCUGCAGGACCGAAAAUGUCGUUUAAAGAGCUGAUGAAAAGGGCUGAGUCCAUAGAUAAGUCGCAACUUGCGUUUAAUCCUAUCAAAGCGGUGUCUUCUCAAGGUUUUCUAAAGAGUAAGGGCCUCAUGAAGAAUCGCAUGAGGCAUGCCUCUGCUCCUCCGGAAAAGAGACCAUUAACUGUCUCGUUCCGAGCAAAACCAACAACGGGUGCCGGUCAGGAUCUAAGGCGCCGACAAGAGAGACAAUCACCCAUUUAUACUGGUACGUCCAACGAAAAGAAGAAUGACAAAUUUGGAAUUGAUGUCGAUGAAGGUGAUGAAGAAGAAGAUACGGAUGAUUAUGGUUAUGACAACGGCUAUGAUUACGAGGAUGAUGAUGGCUUCAUAGUGGAUAAUUAUGACAAAGAUGGUGAUGAAAAGUUAAGAAGCAUCGUCAAGGAUAAAGGUUAUGACAGGGAUGAAAUCUGGUCAAUAUUUAACCGGAGAAACCCAAAGAGAAAUCGGUUUGAUGAUUAUGAUGUCGAUGAUAUGGAAGCUACAGGAGGCGAAGUGUUGGAAGAAGAAGAUCGAGCGCUUAGGCAAGCUAAGAUUGACGAUCGUAGAGAGGCUGAAUUAUUGGAGCAGAAACGCGUUGAAAAGCUCAGACGACAUAAACACAUGAAAUCCCAACGAUAG